UUUAGACUUCUACUACUCAACUAUGAGAAGAACCAACGCUGACGGCAAAGCAUGCUUUAAUUUUAAGAGAGACGCACGCGUGACGAUUCAGUCUUGUUUUGGGAGUGACGAAAUAACGGUUACUGGAAGUGGAGCGCCCUCUUCGUGCAGUGAAGGACAGUGGCACACAACAUCGAUUGAGAAUGAUGAGCCAUGCCAAAUUGUAACCAUUUUGCAUUCCAGUGAUGACAUUGUAGACUGUCGCGAUCCAGGUGAACUUGACAUUGGAUUUCGGUUCGAAGAUGGCACAUAUUUUGGCGCCAAUGUGACAUUCGUCUGCGACACCGGGUUUGAAAUAUUGGGUAAUUCUGAACGUGUCUGCCACGAAUGCGGCGAAUGGAGUGGUAGUCAACCCAUCUGUUUCCCGUCAGAUGCGGCAAUUGGUAGUGGCGACGACUUUUAAUACCCAUAAUACAAUGGGGUGUGUUCUCUAAUCAUGUUGAAAUUGAAGCAAUUCCAGCCUGUGUUUAUGUUUUACUUUAUCGUUUAUUUAUUUCAGUUUGACUACUACCAGUGUCGACAGCCGUUUUUGUUUUAUUUUCACGGUAUUUGUAGUCUUUUCGGGUAUGGGGAAAAUUUUCAAAUUUUUUUUUCUUAAUUUUCAACGUCUCUGAAAUAUGUACUUAAACUAUUUUGUACUGAAAUAUUGUAGUUAUGUUCACAUU